AUGUAUGUGUGCAGUUCUGUACGUAAUUCUCACUUCCCCCCAUCCGCCACCCCUUCCCCCUACACCCCGCCAAACCCUUUUAACGCCCCCCAGGGUCUCCACCCCGCCUCCGCUGUGUUUUUGGACAUCGCGGUUCGCCGUACAUCUCUCCUGGCUGACGCCGCCCAGCAGCUGUCCUGCCGCCCCGCCCACCAUCUGAAGCGCCCCCUGCGUGUGUCGUUCGUAUCCCUGGGGGUGGCUGAGGAGGGGGUGGACCAGGGAGGGGUGUCCCGAGAGUUCUUCCAACUGCUGGUGGCGGAGAUUUUCCAGCCUCAGUACGGCAUGUUCACGUACAAUGAGGAGAGCCGUACAUUCUGGUUCAACGCCGCAGCGUGUCUGGAGGACGGGGCGGCGGGGGAGUUUCGGCUCGUGGGGGCAGUGCUUGGUUUGGCCAUCUACAACGGAAUCAUUCUGGACGUUCAUGUCCCCCAGGCGGUGUACAAGAAGUUGUUGGGGGAGGCGGUUGGGCUGUCGGAUUUGGAGGAGGCAUUUCCCACCUUGGGACGGUCGUUGAGGGCGGUUCUCUCCAUGGAUCCCGAUCAGGUGGAGGACGUGCUAUGCAGGAACUUCGAGGUGCAGUACGACUUUUUCGGGGAGCAGCGCACCGUACCACUCAUCCCCGGCGGCUCGUCCAUCCCCGUCACCGGCGCAAACAGGGUGCAGUACGUACAGCGCCUGGUGGAGUGGACUCUCAACGAGAGCGUGGACACACAGUUUCGCGCCUUUGCAUACGGCUUCCACCAGGUAUGCGGUGGCCCGGCCCUGAGCCUGUUCAGGCACGAGGAACUGGAACUGCUCAUUUGCGGAUUGCCGCACCUGGACUUCGGGGCGUUGGAGGCGAACGCCCGCUACGAGGGGGGAUACCACCGGCAGCACCCCGCCAUUGUCAUGUUUUGGCAGAUCAUUUCGGAUUUUGAUCUGGAUCAGAAGCGGCGCUUCCUCUUCUUCACAACGGGGUGCGACAGGGCGCCUGUGGCGGGACUCGGUGCCCUGGUUCUGGUCAUUCAGAGGGCCGGUGCCGACACGGAGCGGUUGCCCACAGCACACACGUGCUUCAACGCGCUGCUGCUGCCCGAGUACUGCUCCAAAUCCAAGAUGAAAGCAAAGCUGCUGACCGCCAUCGAGAACGCCCAGGGCUUUGGACUCAAAUAGAACACAAAAUAUAUAGUUAUGUAAUGCUGCCAAAAAUAAAACAUAUGAUGAAAUUUUUCAAUAAUAUUUAAUUGAUAGUAGUUCAGGAUGGCAGACGGUGCUGAACAUAUAUAGUGUGUAAGGUGUGGGCUAUGGACUAUGGGGGCGGGUCGCGUGUAUGUGCGUAUGUGUGUGUGUUUUAUAACCCCGGGUUGGGCUGCGGGCUUUCUGGGUACCCCUUCCUCCUCCUAGGGGCUGGUGUGGCUCAGUCCGAAGGCUCCCUGGAGUGACGCGCCGCGGGUCCCCCUGGACCUGCAGGUCCGGACUGGCACAGCUGGUCCUGGUCCCAGGAGCCCCGGGGAUGGGUUGGGGGAGGUUCGUUGUGGGCUGUGGGCUGUACGUGUUGUGUUAUGUGUGUCGUUGGACCUAAGGGGGGCGGGUGGCCUGCACGGAGGGUCGCUGUGCGGAGGAUUUUUUGAUGUGGUGAGAAAAAGGAGGGGCGGUAUGGGCGGGCUGCCAG